UGGCGGCGGCGGCGGCAGCGGCAGCGGUAGCGCCGGCGGCUUUCGGCGGCUGGAGCCGGAUCCUGUAGCCGGGGUGUGGGCCCGCGUCAGUCCGUCCCUCCUUCGGCCCCCUCUUCGUCUUCCGGAGUGUGGCUGGCGGAGCCGCGAUGGCGGAGCGAGGCCUGGAGCCGUCGCCGGCCGCGGUGGCCGCGCUGCCCCCCGAGGUGCGGGCGCAGCUGGCUGAGCUGGAGCUGGAGCUGUCGGAGGGGGACAUCACACAGAAAGGAUAUGAAAAGAAGAGGUCCAAACUUCUGUCUCCUUACAGCCCACAGACCCAAGAAACUGACUCAACAGGACAAAAAGACAAAAACCAGACUCCUGCUCCCACUGUGGCUCAGACCUCCGCUCCUUCCAAGUACCACCGAACUCGAUCUGGAGGGGCCAGAGAUGAGCGAUACCGAUCAGAUAUCCAUACAGAAGCUGUUCAGGCUGCUCUGGCAAAACACAAAGAACAGAAAAUGGCUCUGCCCAUGCCUACCAAAAGGCGGUCCACAUUUGUCCAGUCUCCUGCGGAUGCUUGCACUCCUCCUGACACGUCUUCGGCCUCUGAGGAUGAGGGCUCUCUGAGACGCCAGGCCGCACUCUCUGCUGCCUUGCAACAAAGCUUGCAGAAUGCUGAGUCGUGGAUCAACCGCUCAAUUCAGGGAUCGUCCACCUCUUCAUCCGCAUCUUCUACGCUGUCCCACGGAGAGGUCAAAGGAACCAGUGGGUCUCUAGCUGAUGUAUUUGCCAAUACCCGAAUAGAGAAUGUCUCGGCUCCUCCCGAUGUCACUGCAACUACCUCUUCCUCCUCCUCCUCCCUUCGCCCGGCAAACAUUGACCUGCCCCCUUCCGGCAUAGUUAAAGGCAUGCACAAAGGAUCCAACAGAUCCAGCCUUAUGGAUACGGCUGAUGGUGUUCCUGUCAAUAGCAGAGUAUCCACAAAAAUCCAGCAGCUUCUCAGCACUCUGAAAAGACCCAAACGGCCCCCCUUAAAGGAGUUUUUUGUUGAUGACUCUGAAGAAAUUGUGGAAGGUAGUAGUAAAGUACCUCAGCCAGAUCCUAACCAGCCAAAGCCUGAGGGCCGACAGAUGAUGCCAGUGAAGGGGGAGCCCCUUGGAGUCAUCUGUAACUGGCCCCCUGCACUGGAAUCUGCCCUGCAGCGAUGGGGCUCUACCCAAGCCAAGUGCCCCUGCCUGACCGGGCUGGACGUGUCCGGGAAACCAGUCUACACGCUCACAUACGGGAAGUUGUGGAGCAGAAGUUUAAAGUUGGCUUACACGCUGCUUAAUAAACUGGGGACCAAAAAUGAACCUGUGUUAAAACCUGGAGACAGGGUUGCCUUGGUUUACCCCAACAAUGAUCCAGUCAUGUUUAUGGUGGCUUUUUAUGGAUGUCUCCUGGCAGAAGUAAUUCCAGUACCCAUAGAAGUACCACUGACCAGAAAGGAUGCCGGAGGUCAACAGAUUGGCUUCUUGCUAGGAAGCUGUGGGAUUGCCUUAGCUCUCACCAGUGAAAUUUGUCUGAAGGGCCUGCCAAAAACUCAGAACGGAGAAAUUGUACAGUUCAAAGGUUGGCCUCGGCUCAAGUGGGUUGUAACAGAUUCCAAGUAUCUUUCAAAGCCUCCCAAAGACUGGCAGCCCCACAUCUCACCUGCUGGUACGGAACCAGCAUACAUUGAGUAUAAAACAAGCAAAGAAGGGAGUGUAAUGGGAGUUACAGUAUCCCGGCUUGCAAUGCUGUCUCACUGCCAAGCUCUGUCACAGGCCUGCAAUUAUUCUGAAGGAGAAGCUGUAGUAAAUGUUUUAGACUUUAAGAAGGAUGCUGGGCUGUGGCAUGGCAUGUUUGCGAAUGUAAUGAAUAAGAUGCAUACAAUUAGCGUACCCUACUCUGUUAUGAAGACCUGUCCUCUCUCUUGGGUCCAAAGGGUCCAUGCCCACAAAGCCAAAGUAGCUCUCGUGAAGUGCCGAGAUUUACACUGGGCCAUGAUGGCACAUCGGGACCAAAGGGAUGUGAGCCUGAGUUCUCUCCGGAUGCUGAUUGUCACUGAUGGCGCCAAUCCUUGGUCUGUGUCAUCCUGUGAUGCCUUUCUGAGCCUGUUCCAAAGCCACGGACUGAAACCUGAGGCCAUCUGUCCAUGUGCCACGUCUGCUGAGGCCAUGACUGUAGCCAUCCGCAGGCCUGGGGUUCCAGGGGCUCCCUUGCCAGGAAGAGCCAUUCUAUCAAUGAAUGGACUGAGCUAUGGGGUAAUACGGGUCAAUACUGAAGAUAAAAACUCAGCACUGACAGUCCAGGAUGUGGGACAUGUGAUGCCUGGGGGCAUGAUGUGCAUUGUGAAACCAGACGGACUUCCUCAGCUCUGCAAGACAGAUGAGAUCGGAGAGAUCUGUGUUAGCUCCAGGACUGGAGGGAUGAUGUACUUUGGACUUGCUGGUGUGACCAAAAAUACAUUUGAGGUGAUUCCUGUGGCCUCUUCCGGCUCUCCUGUGGGAGAUGUGCCCUUCAUUCGGUCAGGGCUGCUGGGCUUUGUAGGGCCAGGUAGCCUGGUGUUUGUGGUUGGAAAAAUGGAUGGAUUACUCAUGGUUAGUGGCCGGAGACACAAUGCGGAUGACAUUGUAGCUACAGGACUGGCUGUGGAGUCCAUCAAGACUGUCUAUCGAGGAAGAAUUGCUGUGUUUUCUGUGUCUGUGUUUUAUGACGAGCGCAUUGUGGUGGUGGCGGAGCAGAGACCUGAUGCGUCUGAGGAAGACAGCUUCCAGUGGAUGAGCCGCGUGCUGCAGGCAAUCGAUAGCAUCCAUCAAGUAGGUGUCUACUGUCUUGCUCUGGUGCCUGCCAACACAUUACCAAAAACUCCACUAGGAGGGAUCCACAUAUCUCAGACGAAACAGCUCUUUCUUGAGGGAUCUCUACACCCGUGUAAUAUCCUCAUGUGCCCACAUACGUGUGUGACGAACUUGCCCAAACCCCGACAAAAGCAACCAGGUGUAGGCCCUGCUUCUGUGAUGGUUGGGAAUCUGGUUGCUGGUAAACGCAUAGCACAAGCUGCAGGAAGGGACCUGGGGCAAAUCGAAGAGAAUGACCUGGUAAGAAAGCACCAGUUCCUGGCAGAGAUUUUGCAGUGGCGAGCCCAGGCAACUCCUGACCAUGUACUCUUCAUGCUCUUAAAUGCCAAGGGAACUACUGUGUGCACAGCCAACUGCCUUCAGCUUCAUAAGCGUGCAGAGAGGAUUGCAUCAGUACUUGGGGACAAGGGACAUCUAAAUGCAGGGGACAACGUGGUAUUGCUCUACCCACCUGGCAUUGAGUUAAUUGCUGCAUUCUACGGCUGCCUGUACGCAGGGUGUAUACCUGUGACUGUGCGGCCCCCUCAUGCUCAGAACCUCACUGCCACAUUGCCCACGGUGCGCAUGAUCGUUGACGUCAGCAAAGCAGCAUGUAUUCUCACCACGCAGACUCUAAUGAGGUUGCUGAAGUCUCGAGAGGCGGCAGCAGCUGUGGAUGUGAAAACCUGGCCAACCAUCAUUGACACAGAUGACUUACCCAGGAAACGGUUACCUCAGCUGUAUAAACCGCCCACUCCUGAGAUGUUGGCAUAUCUUGAUUUUAGUGUCUCCACAACCGGCAUGCUUACAGGAGUGAAGAUGUCCCACUCUGCAGUCAAUGCUCUCUGUAGAGCCAUCAAGCUCCAGUGUGAGUUGUACUCCUCUCGGCAGAUAGCCAUCUGCCUUGAUCCGUACUGUGGACUUGGCUUUGCACUCUGGUGUCUCUGCAGUGUCUAUUCCGGUCACCAGUCCAUCUUGAUUCCUCCUCUGGAGCUGGAGAACAACCUUUUCCUCUGGCUUGCCACCGUCAACCAGUACAAGAUAAGGGACACCUUCUGCUCCUACUCAGUGAUGGAGCUUUGCACUAAAGGCCUGGGGAACCAAGUGGAGGUGCUAAAGACCCGAGGGAUCAACCUCUCCUGCAUCAGGACCUGUGUGGUGGUAGCAGAGGAGCGACCCCGCAUCACCCUCCAGCAGUCCUUCUCCAAGCUCUUUAAAGACAUUGGCCUGUCCCCUCGAGCUGUCAGCACCACUUUCGGAUCCAGAGUCAAUGUAGCAAUAUGUUUACAGGGAACCUCGGGGCCUGAUCCAACAACUGUGUAUGUAGACUUGAAGUCGCUGAGACAUGACAGGGUUCGUCUUGUGGAGCGGGGUGCCCCCCAGAGCCUUCUACUCUCCGAGUCUGGAAAGAUUUUACCUGGAGUAAAAGUAGUUAUUGUUAAUCCGGAGACCAAAGGACCUGUGGGAGACUCCCACCUGGGUGAGAUCUGGGUAAAUAGCCCCCAUACAGCCAGUGGCUACUAUACCAUCUACGAUAGCGAGACUCUCCAAGCUGAUCAUUUCAACACCCGCCUGAGCUUCGGAGAUGCCGCACAGACUCUCUGGGCCCGGACAGGAUACCUUGGUUUUGUCCGUAGAACUGAGCUCACAGCAGCCACUGGAGAACGUCAUGAUGCCUUAUAUGUGGUGGGUGCCCUGGAUGAGACACUGGAGCUUCGAGGAUUACGAUACCAUCCGAUUGAUAUAGAGACCUCCGUGUCCCGAGUCCACAGGAGCAUUGCGGAAUGUGCCGUGUUCACAUGGACCAACUUGCUGGUAGUGGUUGUGGAGCUGUGUGGCUUGGAGCAGGAAGCCCUGGACCUGGUUCCUCUCGUGACCAAUGUGGUCCUAGAAGAGCAUUACCUCAUCGUUGGUGUUGUGGUUGUGGUGGACCCAGGGGUCAUCCCCAUCAAUUCCAGAGGAGAGAAACAGAGGAUGCACCUCCGAGACAGCUUCCUGGCUGACCAGUUAGACCCUAUCUAUGUGGCUUACAACAUGUAGCCAGCCUGUAGCCCUGUGGGGGCCAUCCUGAGGACCAGAGACACCGAAGCCCUGUGGCUAGGAGCAGCUUGCAGCUAACAUGAAGAGGGCUCCAGUGUAGCCUUCAUCUCAUCCUGUGGGAUUCUGCAGUCACGAACACCCAGGAGAGGGGAAUUCUGUGGGUGCAACAAAAACAUGUUAACAGUACGUCAGACCUGAGCUCUGGCAUCUGCGACAGCACGUCACUAAAGCAGUUACAUGCAUGUUGCAUUUUCCUCAUCUGGCAUAAAUACCUGUAUUUUUACCUAACGUUUUAGACUUUUGUAAGGAGUUUAAUGAAUUCACAUAAGGGGUAAUCUGAGUCCCACAGUGCCCCACUCUGUACUGUAUUUUGCCAUUUUCCUGUAGUCAGGUAUUCUGCAGGGUUACUUAACAUGAAACUACCAAGCUUGAGUCAGCCUAUAGUCAAAUCAGAUAACCCAUGUGAAAACCGCUGUAUGUGUCUACUUCCCAAUUAUAAACAUCUGACCAGUGUUUAAACGUGUAAAUAAGAGUGCGCAUAACUCAACUAAGGAACCAAGCAAUCAGCUUGCCUAACUGCAGCCGGUGUAGCUGAGCUUCUGCUGGGUUGUGUGGAAGCAGCUGGCCCAGCAGCGCAGCGCCUCCUGUCUGUGGGUGCUCUGCACUAAAGCUGCCUGUGUUUUUAAAGCUUGUAUUCCUAUAACUAGCUUGAGCUACUAAGGACUCUUCAACCCAUUCCUCUGAGCUGAAAAAAAAAAUCUCAUGUCAGAAUUCUAGAAGUAGCUAAGAGUCAUCAGUUCCUAGCCUACUGUGUGGAAUUGCGGUAGUUCACUCAGGCCAGUGUUGAAACAUUUUCACAUUUAGAGUGACUACUGAGAAUUGUGACGUUCCGCUUUUUCCAUGCCCUGUGUCUGCAGGUUACAUAUAGAGCUCCCCCCACCCCUAAAACUGAGGAGUGAGCUCUGUCCUCUGAUGUCUGGGGUGAACGCUAGGCUGGGAGUAACUGUGGGCCACAUGUGCACACCCUAACACUAACCAGUCUGGGCUGCCAGAAUAGCCAGGCUCCUCAGAAACAGGGAAGUCUGAUGUAUGCAAGAAACUCUUUUGAAAUAACUGGUGCCUGGCCACACUCAGUAUGGGACUGAGUUUGGCCUCUGGCUCAGUUUCCUUCCUUUGGUCUGAAACUUCAUGUAUUUGAAUAUAGUUAAAUUUUAUUAUUUUUUUCUUACAGAAAUAUUUUUAAAAAUUAAAGAAAACUUCAAGUGAAAAAUAAUGAACCUGUUAAAUCAGAAUGGUUCUCUUUGACCCAUUCUGGUCUACUGUGUAAAUAUUUAUUUAGACUAUUUUGAUAAUACAUAUUAUUUACCCCACUGUAACAUCCUGUAAACUAAAUGUGUUUUUAAGCAAUUUGUAAGACUUGUAAUUACCCUAAAAAAAUAUGGUUUAUUAAGCAAAGACCAGACUCUUCAUCAGGGCAGCACUCCUGGGCUUCCUGCAGUCUCAUGACUCAGCCACUAUGGUCCUCUUCCUCCCGACUCUUGCUCCACAGAAGGAAGCCCUCCGAGUGGAAUUCCACUUCAGAGCCUUUGCAUUUGGGGUAGGAUUGGUUUGCAUUUGAUGAGGGAGGUGUUGGGUGUACAGGAAAGGGAUACCACCUCCUGGGCAGGGUAACAUCCCAUUCAGGGGUCACUUCAUCUGCAAAGGAAACAGCCUGCUUAUUUUGGAAGUCUUAAAACUGUUUUGCUUUGUUUCUUUUUUGAGACAGGGUCUUUCCACUUAGCCCAGGCUGGCCUUGAACCACACACCCCUACCCCCACUCUCCACACUCCAUGCUGGGAUUACAGGCAUGGGUAAACUCUUAAACAAUUGGUGAUGCUUCCCUAAGCAAAGCAGGGGCCUGGGCAGUAAACAUUCUAUGUCAACAAUCUGCCAGUUCUAAGAAAAAACUGCAGACCAAUCUAUCUUGAGUGAUAACUCUUAUAAAUGCAAAUUAUUAACGUGGUGUCACCAGCCAGGUACACAUUGUCUGCAAUAAAUGUAAUGCGAGCCACAUCUGUAAUUUAAACUUUCCUAAUAAUCACUUUUUAAAAAGAGGUUUCAGUGUGUAACCCUAACUGCUUAUUCCUUAGAUCAACCAGACUCACAGAGUGCUCCUGAGUGCAGGGAUUAAAUGCGUGCCACUGUCCCCAUCUGAACACAUCUUGUAAACAUUCUUUAAAGUAUGUGGUAUUGAUUUUAAUAUAUUUACCAAAAGUACUAUUACUUUGAUAUGAAAUCAUUGAAUUUUUUAAUUUAUGAAAUCCUAUGUGUAUUAAACACGUUUUAGUUCAGACUAGCCACUUCAGGUCUCAGUGGCCAAAUGUGGCUAGUGACUGUCAUACUGGAGAGUGCAGCCCUGUCAUCAUUCCUUAACGCACAGAACUGCAGCCAGUUCAUCUCACUCCCAGCACUUGGGGUGAUUAUCUAGUUGUCAUUCCUGGGUCAUCUUUUCUAAAACAAUGCUGUUAUGGAACACAGGGCCUAUGGUAAGCAAACACUGAGCUCAUCCCACACAGCCCAGGCUGACUUGGAGCUGCUCGUCUUCAUGUUGUCUGUUCCAGCGUUGAGACUGCAGCAGACAUGCCUUGCCCCAGGCCUCUAGUUUUUCACCCUUUUCUCAUAAUGACUACCCCCGCCUAAAGCCAGACCAUACUAGUGCAGAACUAAAACUGAGGGUGGUUUCUGGGGGGCCUCUUCAGUCCACCUCCUUCCUUGAUGGGGUUUGUAAUAGACCCCUGAAACAGAACUUAAUCUCAGACUUGGCUUUGUUGUUGUGUUCUUUAAGAGGAGUUUCUCUGAUGGCAUCAUGGCUCCUGCCCUUUCCACAUUCAGUGGAAACUUCCUGCUUGAACUGACCAUGAAAGCAGCCCUCCAAGUCCAUCAUUUACAGAUCAAAAAUGGCCUGGAGCCCUUCCUGACCACUGAACAUGGGGGUUAGGCUGAGAUUAAACCCCUGUCUUAGUUACACAAAAGAAAACUAUUUUUGUUCCUUCUUUAUUUUUUAUUUCGUGUGUUUGUGCGUGUGUAAUAGGGUUUUACCAUAUAGCCCGGGCUGGCCUCAAAGUCUUGCCUCAACCUUCCAGUGCUGAAAUUACAGUCUUGUGCAACCUGCCACACUUGGCAAGAGAAAUCUGUGAACCUUUUGUCUGGCCCUCAGGAGACUGACUGAGAUGGAUUGGGGAGUUCUCCCAGCUGCAUGCAUACCAUCCCAUGCACCUGAGCCCCCAGAAUGCCCACUGUGCACACAGAGGCCCUUCUCCCCAGUACCAAGUCCUUCCAGCAUGCGGUUGUGUUGGCUCAGCUGCUGGGGACUAUAGCCUGUCUCCUCCUCACUUUAGUCCCUGGGCAGUGCUUGCUUAAUGCUCUCCUGGAAUCCCAAGGGCCUGAGGCCUUAGGCUCCUGUUAAGGUCUCUGCCCCAGGCAUGGUGCUCAAUAUCUUGGCCAAAUAAGUUACUUUCCUUGAAUAUCCAGGAAUUUUUAACUAAAGCAAUGGGGACUUAUCACCUUACCCUGGAACUCCAUUAUAACUGCCUUAGUGUCGUCUGCUUUGAUAUAAAACCCAGAGUGUCUGGAGCGAGAGGCUGCAGUUCUCCAUAUACACAGUAGGCCUUUGCCUUCACUCAAUAGUCCUGACUUAGGCUUGUGUAGAUGGAUCAUGAGAUUGAGGCUUGUGUAGAUGGAUCAUGAGAUUUGUCCUGAGGAAGAGACUGCAAAGACGUGAAAUUUUUUAGUCCUAAAUGCUGUUUUGUUUACUUUGUCAAGAGAAUAUUUACCCCUGUCAAAUUCAAACUAUAGUACUGUGUAAUUAUGUAUAAAGGUUUUUUUAUUUAUUUGAAAUUAGAUUAGAUAUACAUUUUUAAAUUUGACAUCUGGCUGGACAGUGUUCUAUUAACUCAUUGAAUGUGUUUCCUUUGUCUUGUGUUAAUAAAUAUUGAUGCUUGA